AUGUCUCAACAACCGAAGCCUUUUCUAACUCCCUUCGACUAUAACUAUAUCGACCCCAUCACUCUGGUAGAGACCCGGAUGAGAUACUACUCGGGCAAGAUCCGCGCCAAGCCCUUAUGGUGGGAGAAGAUCCACGAUUCAACCAUCGCUGCGAAGUGGCGGGCGGAGAUGGUCGAGCACGACCGCGUCACGCACGACGGGCUCUGGGGAGGCGAGCGCCGCUUUGAUGAAGAUGACGAAGAGGGACAUGCCAAGAAGUGGCCGCGCGACCCCCUUACGGAUGCACAGAUCGAGUACAUCUUCGACGAGCUUGUCUACGAGGCUUCUGUGCUCGACCCUUCUACCGGGAUAUUCGCGAGCGCUAUCAAGAAGGCGUACGAGUCUCAGUCUCUCGUCGGCGGAGCGCUCAAAGAGAAGCUCUUGGAGGCAGCUGCCGCCUUCGAGAACGUCCCCGACGACCAGCAAGACUGGCACCCUGGCUCCGAUGACCAGGUCCUCGAUCUCGUUCAUCCCUCUCUGUAUCCCGUCUGUAUCGGCCACACUCACUUCCGUUCGACUGGUCCCCAGGGAGCAGACCCCGAGCUCACUCUGCUCGACAUCGACAAGUACCUUCAAGCACGGCCUGACCUUAAACCUGAGCUCGGACAUUACACCGUCUCGGAGUCCUACCAGUGGCUCCCGACGGACUUCGACGUUUCCGCCGCCGGCGAAGUCACCGCGCUCGGAUACAUCAACAACGUCCAUCCGUCGCAGCACCGCGAGCUCUACCUGCCCCACUUGCCGUCCGUGUGGUACGAUGACCUCGAGGUCGAGUCGCCAAGGUGGGACCCCAAGGCCCCCGACUUCAAAACCUUCGGCACGCGGGUUAGAGAGUGGCAGCGCAAGUACAAGUGGCCUCAUAUCCCGGACCCGGCGCCGUUCGCUCCCCCCUCGCCCGACGGGCGAGUCGAGUUCCCCCUCAGAGGGCGAACGGUCCAGGUCAUCGUCAAACUCGCCAACAUCCACCUCACGCCCGACAAGCCCUCCUACCCUGGCGGGUCGUGGCACGUCGAGGGCAUGUUGAACGAGCGCAUCGUCUCCACCGGGCUGUACUACUACGCGAUGGAGAACGUGACCGAGAGCCGGCUCGCGUUCCGUCAGCGCGCCGGCGGGGACGACUGGGGCACCGACCUCCCUUGCGAGCAGGACGACCACAAGGGGUACCGCGUCGCGUACGGGUUCGGAAAAGACGAAGCCCUCAGUCAGGUGCUCGGGCACAUCGUCGCCGCGGAGGACAAGUGCGUCGCGUUCCCGAACGUCUACCAGCACCGCGUCGACCCGUUCGAGCUCGCGGACAAGACGCGCGCGGGGUACCGGAAGAUACUCGCGCUCUUCUUGGUCGACCCGAACGUUCGAGUUUUGUCGACGACGGACGUGCCGCCGCAGCAGCGCGACUGGGCGAUAAAAGAGGCGGGGAAGGCGCCGCGGCUGCAGGUUUUGCCGCAGGAGCUGUUCGACAUGGUCGCUGACUUCGCCGCGGAUGGGCUGAUGUCGCGGGAACAGGCGGAGGAGCACCGGGAGAGCCUGAUGGAGGAGAGAUCUGUUUUUGUCGACACACAGAACGAAGAAAGGUUCGAGCAGGAGUUUGGUAUGUGCGAGCAUUGA